CUGUGCGUCCCGCAGGCGGGGAGCCCGCGCCGCCGCGCCGGGCAGCCGGCGAUGAUCACCUAGGAGGCUGGCGCGGGCGGGCGCGAGCGGCGGAGGAGCCGGGCGCGGCGACACGCGGCCAUGGAGCGGGAGCCGGCGGCGGCUGAGGAGCCCGGGCCCCCGGGACGGCGGCGGCGGCGGCGGCGGCGGCGGCGGCGCAGGGAGGUCAGGACGCGCACGGUGCGCUCCAACCUGCUGCCACCCCCGGGCGCCGAAGACCCCGCGGCGAGCGCGGCCAAGGGCGCGCGGCGGCGGCGGCGGUGCGGGGGCUCCCAGCACCUGGCCGACAACCGGCUCAAGACCACCAAGUACACUCUGCUGUCCUUCCUGCCCAAGAACCUGUUCGAGCAGUUCCAUCGCCUGGCCAACGUGUACUUCGUCUUCAUCGCGCUGCUCAACUUCGUGCCGGCCGUGAACGCCUUUCAGCCCGGCCUGGCACUGGCGCCUGUGCUCUUCAUCCUGGCGGUCACGGCCUUCAAGGACCUGUGGGAGGACUACAGCCGUCACCGCUCCGACCAAGAGAUCAACCACCUGGGCUGCCUCGUCUUCAGCAGGGAAGAAAAGCAGUACGUGAACCGAUUCUGGAAAGAAAUCCGCGUGGGAGACUUUGUGCGUCUUCGCUGCAAUGAGAUCAUCCCUGCAGACAUCCUGCUGCUCUACUCCAGUGACCCCGACGGGCUGUGCCACAUCGAGACAGCCAACCUGGAUGGAGAGACCAACCUGAAACGGCGCCAGGUGGUCCGAGGCUUCUCCGAGCUCGUCUCCGAAUUCAAUCCUUUGACGUUCACCAGCGUAAUCGAGUGUGAGAAGCCCAACAACGACCUGACUAGGUUUCGUGGGUGCAUCAUACACGACAACGGGAAAAAGGCAGGGCUCUACAAAGAAAACCUGCUGCUUCGAGGCUGCACCAUCCGAAACACAGAAGCCGUCGUGGGCAUCGUCAUCUACGCAGGACACGAGACCAAGGCUCUGCUCAACAACAGCGGGCCCCGCUACAAGCGCAGCCGGCUGGAGAGGCAGAUGAACUGUGACGUGCUCUGGUGUGUCCUCCUCCUCGUUUGUAUGUCUCUGUUUUCGGCCGUCGGACAUGGACUAUGGGUGCAGCGCUAUCAAGAGAAGAAAUCAUUAUUUGAUGUCCCUGAGUCUGACGGCACCUCUUUAUCCCCAGUCACAGCUGCAGUUUAUUCGUUUUUGACAAUGAUAAUAGUUCUGCAGGUUUUGAUCCCAAUUUCCUUGUAUGUUUCCAUUGAAAUUGUUAAAGUAUGCCAAGUGUACUUCAUUAACCAGGAUAUAGAGUUGUAUGAUGAGGAGACAGACUCGCAGCUGCAGUGCCGAGCCCUGAACAUCACGGAAGACCUAGGGCAGAUACAGUAUAUCUUCUCCGAUAAAACUGGCACUUUAACCGAGAAUAAGAUGGUUUUCCGAAGAUGCACUGUGUCUGGCAUAGAAUAUUCUCAUGAUGCAAAUGCCCGGCGUCUGGCCAGGUACCAGGAGGCAGACUCGGAGGAGGAGGAGGUGGUGCCCAGAGGGGGCUCGCUGCCCCAGCGCAGCAGCACCGGGAGCCACCAAAGCAUCCGAAUCGUGCAUCGGAGCCAGAGCACCAGGUCACACCGGCGCACCAGCAGCCGUGCCGAGGCCAAGAGGGCCAGCAUGCUGUCCAAGCACACAGCCUUCAGCAGCCCCAUGGAGAAGGACAUAACGCCCGACCCGAAGCUGCUGAAGAAGGUGAGCGAGUGUGACAGGUACCUGGCCUUUGCAAGGCACCAGGAGCACCCACUGGCCCACCUCUCACCUGAGCUGUCUGACAUUUUCGACUUCUUCAUUGCACUCACCAUCUGCAACACAGUGGUGGUCACGUCCCCGGAUCAGCCACGACAAAAGGUGAGGGUGCGCUUCGAGCUGAAGUCCCCGGUGAAGACAAUAGAAGAUUUCCUCCGGAGGUUCACGCCCAGCCGCCUGGCCUCGGGCUGCAGCAGCAUUGGGAGCAUGGCCACCAACAAGUCGGCGCACAAGUCCAGCCUCCUGUCCACGCUGGCCACCGACGGCACGCUGUUCCGGCUGGAGGAGAGGCUGGGCCCGCCGGCCCCGGCCCUCACCAGCAAUGGCUACAGCAGCGGGGCGGACGGCUGGGCACCUGAGUGCUCAGCACAGGAGCCCGAGCCCGAGCGGGAGCUGCGCUACGAGGCCGAGAGCCCCGACGAGGCAGCGCUCGUCUAUGCCGCCCGCGCCUACAGCUGCGCGCUCGUGGACCGACUGCACGACCAGGUGUCGGUAGAGCUGCCCCACCUGGGCAGGCUCACCUUCGAGCUCCUGCACACUCUGGGCUUCGACUCCAUCCGCAAGAGGAUGUCGGUGGUGAUCCGGCACCCACUCACGGACGAGAUCAACGUCUACACCAAGGGGGCUGACUCGGUGGUCAUGGACCUCCUGCUGCCCUGCUCCACAGAUGACGCCAGAGGAAGGCAUCAAAAGAAGAUCCGGAGCAAGACUCAGAACUACCUCAACCUGUACGCGGUGGAGGGCCUGCGCACCUUGUGCAUCGCCAAGAGGGUUCUGAGUAAGGAAGAGUAUGCCUGUUGGCUGAAGAGCCACUUGGAAGCGGAAUCCGCCCUGGACAACCGCGAGGAGCUCCUGUUUCAGUCUGCCAUUCGCCUGGAGACGAAUCUGCAUCUGUUGGGUGCCACUGGGAUUGAAGACCGCCUGCAGGACGGAGUUCCUGAAACCAUUGCUAAAUUGCGUCAAGCAGGCCUGCAGAUUUGGGUUCUCACCGGUGACAAACAGGAAACAGCCAUUAACAUCGCUUACGCCUGCAAACUGCUGGACCACGACGAGGAAGUCAUCACCCUGAACGCCGAAUCCCAGGAGGCGUGUGCAGCCCUGCUGGACCAGUGCCUACACUAUGUGCAGUCCAGGACCCCCCACAGUGCCGCCGAGAAGACCGCUGGUGGCGUGAGCGUGGGCUUCUCCCCCCUCUGCUCGCCCUCUGCAGCCGCCAUCUCUGGCCCCAGCCCCAGCCUUGUGAUCGAUGGGAGAAGUCUGGCCUAUGCCCUCGAGAGAAACCUGGAGGACAAAUUCCUCUUCCUUGCUAAGCAGUGCCGGUCUGUCCUUUGCUGUCGCUCGACUCCCCUGCAGAAGAGCAUGGUGGUGAAGCUGGUCAGGAGCAAGCUCAAGGCCAUGACUCUGGCCAUAGGAGAUGGAGCCAAUGACGUCAGCAUGAUCCAGGUGGCAGAUGUGGGCGUGGGACUCUCAGGCCAGGAGGGCAUGCAGGCAGUGAUGGCCAGCGACUUCGCGGUGCCCAAAUUCCGAUACCUUGAGAGGCUCUUAAUCGUUCAUGGACAUUGGUGCUAUUCCCGACUUGCCAACAUGGUGCUGUACUUCUUCUACAAAAACACAAUGUUCGUGGGCCUCCUGUUUUGGUUCCAGUUUUACUGUGGCUUCUCUGCGUCUGCCAUGAUUGACCAGUGGUAUCUGAUCUUCUUUAAUCUGCUCUUCUCAUCGCUUCCCCAGCUUGUGACUGGGGUGCUGGACAAGGACGUGCCGGCUGACGUGCUGCUGACCAAGCCGCAGCUCUACAAGACUGGCCAGAACAUGGAGGAAUAUCGGCCUCGUACGUUCUGGUUGAACAUGGCUGAUGCUGCCUUCCAGAGCCUCGUGUGUUUUUUCAUUCCCUAUUUGGCCUACCACGACUCAGACACAGACAUGUUCACCUGGGGGACCCCCAUCACCACCAUCGCGCUGUUCACCUUCCUCCUGCACCUGGGUAUAGAAACCAAGACCUGGACCUGGCUCAACUGGAUGGCUUGUGGCUUCAGUAUCCUUUUAUUUUUCACUGUGGCUUUGAUUUAUAAUGCUUCCUGUGCAAUGUGCUACCCUCCGUCCAACCCCUAUUGGACCAUGCAGACGUUAAUGGGCGACCCUGUGUUUUACUUCAUUUGUCUCAUAGCACCUGUCGCCGCGCUGCUGCCCAGAUUGUUUUUCAAAGCCCUGCAGGGGAGCCUUUUCCCCACCCAACUGCAGCUGGGACGCCAGUUGGUCAGAAGGUCCCCCAGGAAACUCAGGGCUCCCAAAGAGACCUUUGCUCAGGGACACCUCCCAGGAGAACCGAGGACGGAACCGUCAGAACAGAGGAGCAUCAGUGCCUUGGGGUCCUUCUCCCAGGACUGUAGCUCGCAGGUGUUUUGGCACUCACAACAGCCGGCCUGCUCCCCAGAGGCCAGCGGGGUGCCCACCGUGGUGGACAUGGGCGUGUCUCUGAGGGAGGACACCCUGCUGGAAGGCCUGGGCAGCCAGACCACGGGGUCCUCCUCACCAGGGGAGGUGAUCCCGGAAGGCUGUCCAGGGGACCCCAAGAUGAAACCCACAAGUGCCAGCAGGGCAGCUGCCCUGUCGUCCAUCUUCAGCCUGCCCAGCCUCAGCUCACUCAACUGGAUUUCCUCCCUCUCUCUGGUCAGCGGGCUGGGAAGCGUCCUACAGUUCUCCCAAAGUGGUUUACAGAUGGACAAGCGGGACAGCGAGUUCCUACCCAGCCCCCCGCAGCCAGACCAGGACCUGCAAGGCUUGAGUGGGCAGACCACGGACUACUUCUAGGACCUCCUUCCAGGGACUACAGCUGGUGGUGGCAGCGGUGAAAACCUCGAAAUGCUUUUUUUAUAACAUAGAUGUUAAUAUUAUUUAUGUUUAUUAUUUGCACAGAAGAGUUCUAGUGAGAUGUAUUUUAUAUAUUUCCAAGGCUAACACAGGAAAUGAAAGGUACCAAAAAAAAAGUUUAUUUUUUAAAAUUUCUAACUAGAGUAUAUUGAAAAGAAAAAUAAGAGCUUUAUCGUAUAUAAAAGUUUAAGGAAGAGA